AUGAAUUCUUUUUCUGUAGACGAGUUGAUGCUAUCAUUUGAUGAGCUGAAACCCUUUAGCGAAGUUCUUCAUGACGAUAUUCAGCUGUACAGACUUCACAAGCUUUAUAAGAAUCUAGACAAGCACGAUGAUGAUGCGCUUUUACGACAUAUCCUAGUUGCUGUCUCUUGCAUGGAAGAUUGUCUUCAUGCUGAUCCGCCGCUGAUAAAAAUGCUCCAAAACUGCCUUGUCGAAGUGACAUCCCUUAUCGAAAAGUCGAAGGAGUCAGCUUCGAGGAAUCUCUUAGCGAUUGCGACUGGAAUUCUUUUCAAAUACAGCGCCGCGCUGCUUCAAAUACAAGAAGAUACUGAUUUUGAGCUUGCUCUUUUUCUCAAUGCCGUUGCAUAUCACUACCUCAGUUCUGCAUCAUCUGCGGAAGCAGACGUUUCUGCAUGGAUCGCUCUACACACACUUGGUAGGUUAUGCUUCCUUCCGUUUCCACAUUCUCACUCCUAGUG